AAAAUCGUACCAAAUACUAUCCGGCACAAAUCCAUACUGGCCCAUUGUAAAAAUGUCAGCUGCAUCUGCGAGCAGCUCCGGUAGUAAAAUGAAAAAUGUGGAAAAUGAUAACAGUAGUAAACGGACAGUUGGCAGUGUGAAAAAGAAAAAUUCUGGUGAUAAAAAUAAAAAGAGCGAUUCUAUUGCAAGCAGUACAAUUAUCAAAGUAAAAAGUGUGAUUCCUAAACGACGACAAGACCUGCUGAAAUGGUACGGAUGGGGCUACAAGGACUCCAUGUUCAAACUGCAAGGCCACACAGCCACCUUUACUGGAAACAGAUACUCAAUUGGAGGGCACACUCUACCACAUCUAGCACAAUGGGCUAUAGACAAGUUCGGCAUAGACCCAUCAAGAGAGCCGAAGAUACCCGAACUCCCUAAGAAGUUUGCUGAGAGCAGGCUACCAGAAUCUAUUCGUUUGGAAUUGGAGGAGAUUGCUGAAGUGAGCAUCGAUGGCAUGGACAGACUGAUCAGAGCUCAUGGGCAGACACUGAAGGACAUGGCCCAGUUAAGAACGAACAGCUUCCCAAGGAUCCCUGAUGCUGUAAUUUGGCCUGAUAGUCAUGAACAGGUGGAGCAAAUAGUGCAAAGUGCGUCCCGGCACAAUUUCGUGAUCAUUCCGUUCGGAGGUGGCACCUCGGUGUCGGGCGCCGUCACCUGCCCCGCCAAGGAGACCAGGCCCAUUGUGGUACUGGAUACCAGCGACCUUAACUCCAUCUUGUGGCUGGAUAAGGAUCAACUGCUGGCUAGAGUACAGGCGGGUAUAGUAGGCCAGGACUUGGAACGCGAGAUGCGCGCCCGCGGCUUCACAGUCGGUCACGAGCCGGACUCGUACGAGUUCUCCACCCUCGGCGGGUGGGUGGCCACCAGAGCCAGUGGCAUGAAGAAGAACACCUAUGGGAAUAUUGAGGACCUCAUUGUUAAUACCAAGGUAGUGACAGCUCGCGGUGUGUUUGAAAAGAGUUGUCGCGUGCCUCGCAUGUCGUGCGGGCCCGAGUGGGAACAUGUCAUCAUGGGAUCUGAAGGGUGCUUCGGAGUCGUUACUGAGGUAACUAUAAAAAUCCGUCCACUUCCCCCCGUGGUCCGCUACGGGUCGCUCGUGUUCCCCGACUGGGAGAGUGGCUUCCACUUCGAGAGAGAAGUCGCCAGGCAACGUCUGCAACCGUCCAGCAUCAGACUUAUGGACAAUGAACAGUUCCGCUUCGGUCAAGCCCUAAAAACAGAGAACACAUGGGGCGGAGUUCUCCUAGAUGGACUAAAACGUCUGUACAUCACGAAGAUCAAAGGCUUCGACCCUGCGAAGCUGUGCGUGGUGACACUCCUCAUGGAGGGCUCGGCCGAGGAGGUCUCGGCGAGGGAGGGCAAGCUGAACAACAUCGCCGCUCAGUUCGGAGGGAUACCCGCCGGAGCCACUAACGGAGAGAACGGAUAUACGCUAACCUUCGUCAUCGCUUAUCUCAGGGACGUGGCCAUAGAAUACGACGUAGUAUCAGAAUCGUUCGAGACAUCAGUUCCAUGGGACCGCACGCUCGCGCUCUGUGCCAACGUGAAGCAGCGCAUACGCAACGAGUGCGCCAAGAGAGGCAUCGACAAAUACCUCAUAUCGCAUCGACUGACGCAAACGUAUGACGCAGGCUGUUGUAUUUAUUUCUACUUUGGUCACUAUAUUGGGAACUGUGCUGACCCCGUGUCGACAUACGAAGAAAUUGAAGAGGCUGCACGGGACGAGAUCAUAGCCUGUGGCGGAUCAAUAUCACACCAUCACGGGAUCGGGAAACUUCGUAAGAAAUGGUACGCGGACACGGUGAGCGAGCCCGGCCGACAACUUUUGCUUGCCGCUAAGAAAGCUUUGGAUCCAGACAAUAUAUUCGCAUUAGGAAAUAUGGCAUUCGAAGAACACAGCAAUAACACCGACGUGUCGGUUAAAAGUAAAUUAUAAGGUUUUAGUUAAUAAUUAUAAGUGUGAGCAAGUUUUAGGUCCAUUUCAAUCUUAAUUUAAUUUCAUAGAUAAGGUAGUAAUUUUGUUAGAUUUUGUACAUUUUUUUAUACAGAUCAGAGAAUAAUAUACAAAUAAUGUUCUAAUAAAUGGCAUCGAAAUUUCUAUUAAACUGAUGGCAAUCAAUUAGUGCUUUGAAGAUCUUUCUGUUUACGGCUCUGACGUCAUACUCAUACGCAGCCACGUUUGCGACUACAUGUGAAACCUUUGUGUGACAAAUAUUUGUUCGUGUAUUUAAUAAAAAAAAAUAAUUUUCUGUAACGUUUGAUAGCUUACGUAGCGGUAAUUUACUCUACUGACAAUAGUCAACUCGUUCAAUUAUUAGUAUUAAGGGUAACUUACUUUGAUCACGUUGGCAAACCUCGCUUUGUAACAUUCGACAAAUUAGAUAAUAAAUAAGUGUAGUUUAAAACAUUUUUAUUAAAGCUUGCGUUCGUUCUACUCACGAAAUUGCAUUGUUCUUCUCCAUGACUUGAGAAGUAAGUAUAAAUUACAUAACAAAGGUGUAGCGUGUAAUAUCGCGUCGCUCGCAACAUAUUGGUCGCUCAAGCAAGAAACCCUAUAAACAAUUAAAACAUCAAACUAGAUUUAGAUUAUUUAAUUACAAAUUGUUGAAAAAAUAAUAUAAUAUGUUUUAAUGAAGAAGUUAUACAUUUGUGGUAUAGGUAUUAUGUUUUUGACAUACACACUUCAUGUGCAAACAAUUGUAAUAUUUAUUGCGGCCUAUUUUCUAUUUUUAUUUAUAUGCCAAAUAAUUUUUGAAUAAAACAAUAGCCACAUUAUGUUAGCCAUCCAAUUGUAAUGAUACUAUUGUAUCCAGUGCCAUAAUUAUGAUGUUAGUUAGUUUGUAAUUGUUUACAACCUAUUAAGAAGAUACCAAUACAAAAUAAUAUAGCUUUAUGAGCAUAAUAAACCGACUCCUUAGUCUGACCAUGUACUUACACAUAGAAAGUCUCUCUUCUUGCACUCUGACACGUUAACACCGUCAUUGAUAUUUAUUAUAGCAAUUAAUUGCUCAAUCUUAUUAUAAAUAACUAAUACUUAUAAUAAUUGCUAAUGAAUUUCUUUAUUAAUUCAAUAAAUUACAUUCCUUCUAAGUUUUCAAUGUAGGUAUUUAAUGUGAUUAAUAAGUUUAUGAAGUAUGGGUUUUGUGAUUAUUAGGAAAUUAUAUGUUUGUCUUGUAAAUAAGUGAGGGUGAUUGCAAUACCAAUAAAGUUCAUGUUACGAAGA